AUGCUGCCCACAGCCGCUAUGAUAUCUAUGGCAUCGUGUGCUGCCGGCUCGGUGAGGGGAUAUGAUGAGCUUGUCAGGAAUAAGAUCCACGUCGUCCAAGAAAAGCGUCCCUAUGCUAAAUGGGGCAGUGAGACGAAUUCUAACAGUGGAAUAGUUGAAGCUCGGCGUAUUCUCAACGAAUUACAUCUCUCAUUGGCCAAGGCGAACUAUACACAGGUUUUUGUUGACCAAAUGAGUCCAGACGUUGUUGGAAUUACGAGGCAUAACCCAAUUACGCACGAUACUGUGGUUGUGGUGUCUCAUACGGCUUUCAAUAAACAUCAAAUCAACAAAG